CGCAAACGCCUCUCCCGAUUUUCUUCAUCUUUCCACGGCUUCUCCGGCGACAUUCUCCCGUUCUUGAGGUUGAUCUGCUCUUCCCUUCCCUUUGAAUGUCGGGAUGCAUUAAUUUCCUAGCAGUUUCUUGGCAUGCUUUGAGGUCAUUGUGUUGAAUUUCGAAAUGCAUUUUCGGAUGUGGGAAUCUGGGGUUGCUUAAUAUGGAGGUUCUUGAAUGUGGAUUUUGAGUUAGUAGUUUGGUUUUCGCGGUGUGGGGAUGAAAUGAAUUGGAAAGGCUUUCAGCAUUCUUUGUGAAGUUUGGGGCACUUUUUUUUUUGAAAGAUGAAGAGGUCCAAAAUUGAGGCUCAGAGUGGAAGGAGGAUUAAGCUAUCCCAUACUUUCUUGUGUUUAGGUGCAUUGUACUUGAUUCUUAUAUGCUUGAAGUUUCCUGAGUUCUAUGAGAGUGCCACAACUUUGGGAGGUGAUGAGGGUGUUGUGGGUUUGGAUGGAUUCUUAGAUGAAGGUGAAGCACUUAGUAAACCGGACAUGGGUAAUGCGGAGGGAUUGCAGAAUGACAAAACAAAUAUGCCAAAGAUCCCGAGAGACGAAGAUUUUUCAGGGGACACCGAUAUGCCUGUUAAAAAGCCUCGUAUGUUUGGGUAUGAUAAAAUAUCUUCUGGUGUUUUGAAACCACUGAAUAUGAGUAGAAACUUUUCUGUCUUUGAGAGAAUGGCAGUUGAAGCUUGGACAUUAGGCUUGAAGGCCUGGGAUGAAGCAGACAGAUACGAUGAGAAGGAAAUGGGGAUAAAGAAUUCUAUAUUUGAGGGGAAGCCCGAGUCAUGCCCUUCAUCGGUUACCAAGACAGGAGAGGAAUUGGCUAAAGAAGAUCGCAUUAUGCUCCUUCCUUGUGGCCUUGCUGCUGGUUCUUCUAUCACUGUGAUUGGCACUCCACAUUAUGCACACCGUGAAUAUGUGCCCCAGCUUGCCAAGUCAAGGAAAAGUGAUGGAAUGGUUUCGAUAUCUCAUUUUUCAUUUGAGUUACAAGGAAUAAAAGCGGUGGUUGGGGAAGACCCUCCAAAGAUUUUGCAUCUAAAUCCCCGUUUAAGGGGAGACUGGAGCCAUCAUCCAGUGAUUGAGCAUAAUACAUGUUAUAGAAUGCAAUGGGGAACGUCUCAACGGUGUGAUGGUAUUCCUUCCAAAAGUGGAGAGGACGUGCUUGUUGAUGGACUUCCGAGAUGUGAAAAGUGGAUGCGGAGUGAUAUAGUAGAUGUGAAAGAGUCCAAAAUGUUUUCAUGGUUCCAGCGAUUCAUAGGGCGUGCCAAGAAGCCGGAGGUGACCUGGCCUUUUCCAUUUGUGGAGGGAAGAAUGUUUAUAAUGACUGUUCGUGCUGGUAUUGAUGGGUUCCAUAUAAGUGUUGGUGGUCGUCAUGUGACCUCAUUUCCAUACCGGGUGGGCUUCACGCUAGAAGAUGCGACAGGGUUGGCAAUUGCAGGUGAUGUUGAUAUUCAUUCAGUUUAUGCAACAUCUCUGCCCACAUCUCAUCCAAGUUUUUCACCACAAAGGGUAUUGGACUUCUCUGAGAAGUGGAAGUCUCUUCCUUAUCCCCAGAAGCCUAUUAAACUUUUCAUUGGAGUCCUAUCUGCCACCAAUCACUUUGCAGAACGCAUGGCUAUAAGAAAAACUUGGAUGCAGUCUCAAGCAAUCAAGUCCCUAAACGUAAUGGCACGUUUCUUUGUUGCACUGAAUCAACGGAAGGAGUUGAAUGCAAUUUUGAGAAAGGAGGCUGCUUACUUUGGGGACAUUGUGGUCGUGCCAUUCAUUGAUAGAUAUGAGUUAGUGGUUUUAAAGACAAUCUCCAUAUGCGAUUAUGGGGUUCAAAAUGUGACUUCUGCUUAUGUUAUGAAAUGUGAUGAUGACAAUUUCAUCAGAUUAGACGCUGUUCUGAAAGAAAUUGAUCGCGUUCGUCCACCAAAGUCUGCUUACCUGGGCAAUAUUAAUUUCUUGCACCGGCCUCUUAGACACGGAAAAUGGGCUGUUACAUUUGAGGAGUGGCCAGAAGAUGUGUAUCCUCCUUAUGCUAAUGGUCCCGGAUACAUUAUAUCCCGAGACAUUGCUAAAUAUAUAGUCUCUGAACAUCUAAACAGCAACUUAAGGCUAUUCAAAAUGGAGGAUGUGAGCAUGGGAAUGUGGGUAGAGAAGUACAACAACACAAGACCUGUUGAGUACAUUCAUGACUGGAAGUUUUGUCAGUAUGGAUGUAUGGAGAAUUACAUUACAGCACAUUACCAAUCUCCACAGCAAAUGUUUUGCCUGUGGGACAAUUUGCUCAAUUUCGGCCAAGCCCAUUGCUGCAACUUUUAGAAUAGAAAGAUGGUUACCGCUCGCGACUUUGAUAAUUUUUUUCAAAGAAUAUUCUUUUUUUUCGGGUUCAAGGAUUAGUCUAGUGGAAGACCAUUAAUCUCACGAGUUCUUGACAUUCGUUUCGAGUUCGAACCCGUCACUGAUGUGCAGAAAUGGUGU